AUGGACUCUUCUAAUAUUAAUAUUUAUGAAUAUGAAGGUUUUAUAGAUGCAGAGGAUGAGGAUGAAUUCAAUUUUUUUUUGAAACAGAAUGAACAUGAAGAAUUUGAGGAUUCUGAAGUAACUAAUGUUAAUGAGAAUAUUGACACCUUUGCUUCAACUGAUAUUAUUGAAAUCAGUGAUGAUAUAAGAGAAGAAAAUAGUACCGAAGAAUCUACAAGUAUAUUCGCCUGA